AUGUGGAAGUGGGGACCAAGCAAGAGAGCUGCUGAAGAUACCGAAAAGAAAGUUGUCAAAAAAACUGAAGCAACUGAAACAACUGAAGAAUCUGCAACAUCUGAUGAAAAGCUGGAAAAACCCAAAGUUAAAUCAUUUGUGAAGAAGUAUGAACAACAGAGAAAAAGGUUUCUUGAUUAA